AUGGCGGCUUUUCUUUCCGAUGAUGAGUUGCAGCGAAGAGGUGGAGAUGAGGUAGUGGCCUAUGUCUACAAGCUGAGACAGCAGCUAGAGAUUCACAAAGCACAAGCCGAUGCUGCUGUCAUCAAUGCCGAGCAGACGUGCGUCCUCAUCGAGCAGAAGUUUUUAUCCCUCACUGCUCAAUUCGCUCAGCUGGAGAAUGAAAAACAGCAAAGUGCCGCCACUCUGGAGCGUCGUUCAGGCGAGCUUGCUCAAGCACAGAGUCAGGCCCACAAACUUGAGCUGGAUGCCAUCAAGCAUGAGAGUGACAUGGAGCGAGUGUCCUUUGAGCUUAGUGAAGCACGAAAGUCUAGGAGGGAGCUUUUGGAACAACACAAUGUUUGGCUCAAUGAGGAGUUGAAUGGCAAAGUAAAGGGACUUAUGGAGGAGCGUCGUACUAGUGCUGAUCUAGAGGCUGAUUUGCAGUCCAAGCUUUUACAAGCAGAGAGGCUUUACAAGGAAGCCAAAGAGUCAGUUCAGAGGAGCAAUGAGCGUAUCAGGGACCUCGAAGCGAAGCUCACACAAACGAGAGAGGAAUUACGAUAUACGAAGGAGCAAGCCAUUCUUCAAAAAAACUAUCUGUCAACCAAAAUUACAAGCAUUGCCGAUUUAUACAAGCAGAGCUCUGAUGAGUGGUCGAGGAAGUCCAACGAACUUGAGGGUGUUAUUAAAGCCCUUGAGACUCAUUUGAACCAGGUGGAAGCUGAAUAUCGGGAAAAACUCGACAAAGAAAUCCAAGCUCGUGAAGCGGCUGUUAAGGAUUCAUCUGAGUUGAAAGAGAAGCUAGAAAAAGCCCUUGCCGAUGGUAAUACAAAUGCCGUCAGGGAUGGGGAUCUCGCGCUUCCGGUCCUUCCUAUGAAAAUGAUGACAGGGUCAAUGGAUAAGCAGCUUGCCUUGGAGCUCCAUGGGGAUGGAGCCAUGCUUCCUUCAAUUGGAAAGAAGGUUUCGGGAACAGCUCUUGCUGCAGCUCUUCUACGAGAUGGCUGGAGUCUGUCAACAAUGUACACGAAAUAUCAAGAAGCGGUGGAUGCAUGGCGGCACGAGAGACACGAACGAAAGCACUCCCAGGCGCUUCUAGAACGGGUUUUGCACGAAAUAGAAUUGAAGGCUGAAGUUAUCUUCGAUGAGGGAGCUGAGCACGAGAGGAUGGUCGAAGCUUAUCAUGUGAUGGAGGAGAAGCUUCAUUACUCCAUGGCAGAUCAAAGCACGCUCGAGAACUCUAUUAAAGACUUGAAGGCAGAUAUUAGGAAGAAGGCUAUGAGAAGUAUCGAAAUACGGGGUAAAAUUGGUGACAAUUUUCCUGUUUGGGCAGAGUAA